GUCGCACCGCCUGGCCCCGUCCUAACAUGUUAUCGUCUGCCCGGCUCUGCUACCGUGUCUAAGCUUCACCCUUCCUGACACGCACCCCGCCCUCGCCGACACGUCGAGUCCGCCGCAAUCAUGUCGGGAGCCAACAGCAUCAAGGUCGUCGCCCGGUUCAGGCCGCAGAACAAAGUCGAGCUGGCCUCGGGCGGCCAGCCUAUCGUCUCGUUCGAGGGCAACGAUACCUGUAUCCUGAAUUCCGCCGAGGCCCAGGGCUCCUUCACCUUCGACCGUGUCUUUGAUAUGCAGGGACAACAACGCGACAUCUUCGAAUACUCGAUCAAGCCCACUGUCGACGACAUCCUGAACGGUUACAAUGGAACCGUCUUCGCAUAUGGACAGACCGGUGCCGGAAAGUCGUUCACCAUGAUGGGAACGAGUAUCGAGGACGAGGUGGGCAAGGGUGUCACCCCGCGAAUCAUCGAGCAGAUCUUCAGCAGCAUCAUGUCCAGCCCAGCCACAAUCGAAUACACAGUCCGCGUCAGCUACAUGGAGAUUUACAUGGAGCGCAUCCGCGACUUGCUCGCUCCCCAGAACGACAACCUGCCCGUUCACGAGGAGAAGAAUAAGGGCGUGUACGUCAAGGGCCUCCUCGAGGUUUACGUCUCGAGUGUAGACGAGGUCUUUGAAGUAAUGAAGAGGGGAGGAAACGCCCGUGCUGUCGCCGCGACCAACAUGAACCAGGAAUCGUCUCGGUCCCACUCGAUAUUCGUCAUUGUCGUCACCCAGAAGAACCUCGAGACCGGCUCGUCCAAGAGUGGCCAGCUCUUCUUGGUUGAUUUGGCUGGAAGUGAGAAGGUUGGCAAGACUGGUGCUAGCGGACAGACUCUUGAAGAAGCAAAGAAGAUCAACAAGAGUUUGAGUGCUCUCGGAAUGGUCAUCAACGCGCUGACCGAUGGGCGAUCAUCUCACGUUCCCUACAGAGACUCGAAGUUGACAAGAAUCCUGCAAGAGUCGCUCGGAGGAAACAGUCGGACAACACUCAUCAUCAACUGCUCGCCCAGCAGUUACAACGACCAGGAAACACUCAGCACCCUCCGCUUCGGCAUGCGCGCCAAGUCGAUCAAGAACAAGGCAAAGGUCAACGCAGAACUCAGCCCUGCAGAACUCAAAGCAAUGCUGGCCAAGGCCAAGUCAAAUAUGACCAACUUCGAGAACUACAUUUCGAAUCUCGAGGUCGAACUACAGCAAUGGCGUUCCGGAGACAGCGUGCCCAAGGAGAAGUGGGUUCCACCGAUGUCUGCAGAUGGUGUCGCCAGCACGAGAGCGGCCGCCGCUCGACCGUCUACGCCCUCCAGACUCAUACCUGACAGCCGCUCCGAAACACCGGCCUUGACCGAUCGUGCCGGGACUCCAAGUCUCCCUCUGGAUAAGGACGAAAGGGAAGAGUUCCUCCGCAGAGAGAACGAGCUGCAAGAUCAGCUAGCAGAGAGAGAGUCAGCCGUUGUGGCCGCCGAGAAGAGCCUGCAAGAAUCCAAGGAGGAAUUGGCCUUCAUCAAGGAGCAUGACAGCAAGCUUGGCAAGGAGAAUGAGCGACUGACGAGCGAGACCAACGAGACCAGGAUGCAGCUUGAGCGCCUCGCAUUUGAGAGCAAGGAGGCCCAGAUCACGAUGGAUGCGCUCAAGGAGGCCAACUCCGAGCUCACUACUGAGCUUGACGAGGUCAAGCAGCAGCUUCUCGAUGUCAAGAUGAGCGCCAAGGAGACUAGUGCGGUCCUUGACGAGAAGGAGAAGAAGAAGGCCGAGAAGAUGGCUCAGAUGAUGGCUGGCUUUGACCUGGGCAGCGAUGUCUUUAGUGCCAACGAGCAAUCUAUCGCUGAUGCGAUACAAAGGGUGGAUGCACUCUUCGAGCAGAGCUCUUCCGGGGAUCCGAUCCCUCCAGACGACCUGACGGACCUUCGCACGAGGCUUGUCGAAACCCAGGGUAUCAUUAGGCAAGCCGAGCUCUCUCUCUACAGUGGUGUUUCUGGCGAUUCGGAUGCCAGGCGUCGUGCAGAACUCGAGGCUCGCCUUGACGCGCUGCAGAACGAGUACGAGGACCUCUUGACGCAGAAUCUCAGCGAGGCCGAUGUGGAAGAAGUCAAGGAACGCCUGCAGAAGGCGUAUGCGAACAAGACGACCACACAGAUUGAGCUUGUUGAUGAGCUCAAGCUCGAGAUUACACAGAAGUCUGCCGAGAACAACCGAAUGAAGACACUGAUUGACGACCUACAAAGCCGACUCAAGACCGGCGCUGCCACCACUUCGGCACCGGGCCUGGCGAAUGGCAAGACGAUACAACAACAGAUUGCCGAAUUUGAUGUUAUGAAGAAGAGCCUGAUGCGCGAUCUCCAGAACAGAUGCGAGCGUGUCGUCGAGCUCGAAAUCUCUCUCGACGAGACCCGUGAGCAGUACAACAAUGUCCUGCGUUCAUCCAACAACCGUGCGCAGCAGAAGAAGAUGGCUUUCCUUGAGAGGAAUCUCGAGCAGCUGACGCAAGUUCAGCGCCAACUUGUGGAGCAGAACAGCUCGCUCAAGAAAGAGGUCGCCAUUGCAGAGAGGAAAUUGAUUGCACGGAAUGAGCGCAUCUCUAGUCUGGAGAGCUUGCUGCAAGAUAGCCAAGAAAAGCUUACAGCUGCGAACCACAGGUUCGAAUCACAACUUACAGCUGUCAAGGAACGUCUCGAGGCAGCCAAGGCGGGGUCGACACGCGGGCUCAGCGGACCCGGUGCUGGCUUUAGCUUUGCCGGCGCCGGCAGCAGGAUCGCGAAGCCGCUGCGUGGCGGUGGGGCCGGCGGCGACGGCCCUGUCCCUGUCCCAACCGUGGCAUCCCUGCAGAACGAAGGCAACACUAGUAAGAGAAGCAGUUGGUUCUUCCAGAAAUAGAGAGAAAGGCACGAUAUAUCAUAAAACGAGCGUGAAAGCAUCGAGCCGUUGGCGGCGGUUCACUCAGAAAGAGAUAUAGACAUCAAGGACACCUGAUUACGAGGACCAGCCCCGGAGAUGGCAGGCCCUGAGCCUGCGCGCUCUCACUUUCCAAGCCAUAUCCACCUGCGGCGGCAGAUGCUCACGGGUCAAUCCUGCACGAAGAUUACGUCGAUAUAUACCCUGCUACCCACAGAGAGACUUAUGACUUUUCUUGUUUCUUCGAUACACACUCAGAUACAACAUGAGAUACACAUUAACACCGUGAAGA